AUGGGCUUCGUCACACUCACCACUGCCAUCGCCAUGGCCGCCACCCUUGUAUCAUCCCUAGGACACCAACCGUGCUACUGCCUUUACGACAGGUUCGCCUGCUGUUCGAUUACAGGGGUUCCCCCCAACAGAUGCAGGAUCGUCAGCUGUUGUAAUUGGGACGAAGACCAAUGUACGGUGCCACUCCACUUGAACGGUACCACUUUCAACCUUACCGACUUCGAGUCUGGCGCCGUCGAGUUCCCUGCCGUUUACGUGUCUAUGCCCGUUGUCGUCUCUGCUACCACUUCUCAGUCCACCGCGGAGGCUGCUUCAGCUCCGAUGAUGAGCUCUACGCCUAUUCCCACCAUCGCAUCAUCACCUAGUGCGCCAUCGCACAUGUGCUCUACGUCUACUCACACCAUCCCAUCGUCUCCCAGUGCGCCAUCGCCCUCAUUCGCCUACCUCGGCCGCCCAACCCCGACGCCGUCCACCCCGGCCGUUUCCUCGCAGCUCUUCAGAAGGGAAGUCUGCAAGUGCUCGGGCAAAAAGAUGGCAUGCUGCGAGGGCACGCGCUGCCACUACCGAGACGACCCCGUUUGCCAGAAGCGGGAGGAGGGAUGCAAGUGUGUGCCCAACGGCAUGAUGAGAUGCUGCAGGACGCCGGCCGACGGGCUGGAGCAUUGUAAUUUCAAGGAGAACAAGGACUGCCAUCGGCGGGCUGCCGAUCAAAGUUUGGAUGCGGUAGAGGUCGAUGAGGUCGAUGGCUCCGAGGUCGUCAGCAACUAA